UUUUUUUUCCUUGCUUUUGCUUUCAUGCUUUCGCGUUGCCUUUUACCCAACAUCAGGUGCAGAUCAGCGUCGACGUUGUUCCUUUCGCGCUGUCAUUAUUCUCAAAAUGCGAGUCCCAAUCAUGAUAUCAUCGAAAUGCUCAAGUCCAAUAGGGAAGAGGAGGACAAAAAGGCCGUACGAAAUGCCUACAAAGUUCGUGCAUUUGAUGCAGCCAUCAGAGCCAUUGCAUCCCUAGACACACCAGUCCGUACGGUCGCGGAAGUUAAACAGCUGAAAGGUGUGGGGCCUGGUAUAUCCAAACGCAUUGGAGUUUUCUUACACGGGACACACUAUUGCGAGUCUCCACAAUGCGACAUCUCUCCAGAAAAAGCACGAGAGGAAGCCCUCAAACAGGAGCUAAAGGUGCUGCAAACAGUACCCGGUGUCGGCGAAAGAACUGCCAGACAGCUCUUCGAUGCCGGUUGCACGACCGUCGCGGACAUGAGUAAGCCGUCGUACUUCAGCAUCCUUUCCUCUGCCCAGCAGAUUGGCCUGCGGUUCGCCGCUCACCUGUCCCAACCCGUCACAUGCGACGAAGCCGAGACAGUCGCGAACUUUGUCCGUGAGAAUAUCCCAUCUAGGUUCGAGGUUCAUCUGGCUGGAAGCUAGUAAGUUCACCGUUGAUGGGUGGCGCUAUUUUUAUUGACAUG